AAACAUCCUUCAUUGUUUGUUUUCUGCCUUAUCAUCCACCCCCAAGACAUGGCGGGCACACGUGCAAGUGCUAAUCAUCAAAGACCAACGCCAUUGCCGAAGAUGUGGACCUCCUACUUUCUUGUCACUAUCUCAUCAUUUCUCUCCAUCAACUGCCAGACCCAGGGACAGACCCCCGUGACCCUGCAUCCCCUAGGGACGCUGUAUCUCCCCUAUGGGUAUGACGCGGGGACACCGCAGUACGAUAUGUACAAAGGCGUAGCAGAACAAUGUGCCUAUGACGGGAAGCAUAAAAUGGUGUAUGUCGUGGGAGAGGUAGGGUUCGUCUACGUAGUUGAUAUUUCCAUUCCGACCAACCCUACGCUAGUUUACAACGUCACCGUCCCCAUGGUGCCAACUGACGUAGAGGUGUGCGGCAGUCACGUGGCUAUUUCGGUAAAGAAUGACGUCACGGCAGAGAGUGGGAAAGUGCUCGUGUUUCCGACUUUUGACCCGGCAGUGGGUACAUUCAGGGUGAAGGACGAAUUCCUAGUCGGGGCUCUCCCGGAUAUGUUGGUAUGGACAACAGAUUGCAUGGCCAUUCUGGUUGCUAACGAAGGAGAAGGUGGCAAGGACGCUAGUGGUCAGUUUGCUGACCCUGAGGGGUCGGUCACCAUAAUUACGUUUAACGACACGCAGUUGUCUGGAGCAACGAGGCACACGGUGGACUUCACAGCGUUUAAUGAAAGAGCUGACCAGUACGUGUCCCGUGGAGUGAGAUGGAUAUUCAGAAACCAGACGUCUGUGGCCACCACCCUGUCCCAGGAUCUUGAACCAGAGUACAUCACGCUUAACAAAGAUAACACCAAGGCUUACGUAGUGCUACAGGAAAACAACGCUAUGGCAGUACUUGACUUGGCAACAAUGAAUUUCACGGCACUUUAUCCUCUCGGAUUUAAAAGAUGGAAUGAAAGCGGGCUGGAUGCUUCUGACAAAGACAAUGCUAUCAGCAUACGGCCAUGGAACAUACUGGGGAUGUACCAACCAGACAGCAUCAAGUAUUUCGAAAUGGGCGGGGUCAGUUACAUAGCAACAGCCAAUGAGGGCGAUGCUAAAGAAUACAACAUGGCUGACCAUGGGUUUGAUUUCAUGGAAGAAACAAUAAUGAGCACUAUUGCACCAAAUCUUGCAAGCACAAUAGAUAGCCAAGUAGCUGAUGCCGCUUUAAAUGAUUCAGGAUUAGCCCGACUCAGGGUGAGCCGUUUUGACGGCAAAGGACUGGACAAUAAAUAUCACAAUAUUUACGCGUAUGGAGGCAGAAGUUUCUCGAUUUUCAAGGCAGACGACAUGUCCCUAGUGUUCGACAGCGGGGACGAAGUAGAGUCUGCGCAUGCACGAGAGUUGGAGCGCAUGGUAUUCAACAGCGAAGCUGGAGAGCUUCAAGAUCUUCCAGAAAAGUCCUUUGAUGCUAGAUCAGAUAAUAAGGGACCAGAGUGCGAAUCUUUGGCGGUAGCCCAAAGAGGAGGAAAGACGGUAUUCUUUGUUGGCAAUGAACGGACGUCGUCUAUUAUCAUCUACUCGAUAGAUGGCACUACCGGUAUGACGCCAAGAUAUGAAAGUAUCUACAGAGCUGGUGGUCUGAAUGCGACAUGGGGAGAACUUUAUACAGCAAGGAAUGUCGGCGAUAUAGAUCCGGAGGCUCUCAGUUUCAUACAUGACAGCGACAGUCCGAACAGUAAGCCUCUUCUUCUCGUCAGCGGUUCCGUUAGUGGCACUUUGGCUAUCUAUGAGGUCAAAGGUCUUGUCGAUCCAACCACCUCGACUCCAGGAGAAAGAUCGACGAAAGGACCAGUGAGUCUCGGUGCACACAGCAUUUAUAUGAGACCUGUCAUGACAUCACUUCUGACAGCGGUCAUAGUAACCUGUCAGAUAUUUUUCAGAUGAGAAUGGUAUAUCUGUCAAUUCUUUUUUUCCCGUUAUCUAUUUACAGUAACAGUUUAUACAUUUUGUUGAGAGAAAAUUGAAUUUUUUUUAUUACCCAGUGAUCAGUUUUGCGAUUGUAGGCUACAUACACGGAUAAAUAUUGUCGGCAUAAUAAACUCAAAUCCACUCCAGAACCUGAUGACAGAUUGUGCAUUAUGUGUUAACUCAGAGCAACAGAGGACGAAAUUCUCUCUCUCUCUCUCUUUGCUGGAAAAAACGACUAAUUCAGCAACACAAGCGCGUCAUUCUAUUUUGUCCAAUAUUGCGCAUGAUCUGUUAAGGCAGUAGCUAAUUUAAAGGUGCGCAUUACGUUCCAAACGUUCCAAACGUAUAGAAUCCAAAGACAAUUUAGGGCAAUAAGGACUCCCCAGGGUUUUGUGUAUUCAUUAAACCGGUGAUAUUCAAAGGCAACAAUUACUUUAUCUUGGUAUAGUAGAUGUUUACCUAUUCUGACGAUGAUCAUUGGGCUAAACUCACAGUUUCUGAAGCCUUCGGUUUGAAAACUAAUUUUCUUUGAUACAAAAACUUAUAAUGAUAGAUAAUACAGCACCGUCUUCUUAUUGUAAUGGGAACUUGUAGAGGCGGUUUCUCAAUAAUAUGCCUUAGAGACGUAUGUUAAGAUACUUCAUAGUACAUUACCACUUCAUGACAUGAGCAUAAUUUCCAGCCGUAAUGUGGCAGGAAUGGUUGUCCGCUGGGAACCGUAGUCCGUUCUUCAUUACUUUGUACAGGUGACAUUCGUCCCAUACUAACCCCAAUAUACCGACUGUCCCUAACAUGUACUCAUCAUAUGGAACUCUGGACUUUCAUUCCUAGGACAACUAUUCCUGUCACACCUGAUAGUGCUUCGAGCCAACUAAGGAUAUUACAACGCACUUAGCAGUGGUUGCGAUAGAUACACGUCCCAGUAUAUAUACAUUUUUCAUGGAAUAUUAUUGAUGACCCUUUUUAUGCUCCCACGCUUGGUUAAUUCACUAAAAAGCCCAUGGAUUUUUAUUGGGAUAAAUAGAUGUCAAAUUCUGUUUCAAGAGUGAAGGAUAAUUAGAACAGGGUUAUACGUUGGAAGAGUGUCCCAACAAGAUGUCUAUCAUAUGUCGCUUUCUUAUUUGUCGCAUUAAUAAUAAUAAUAAUAAUAAUAAUAAUAAUAAUA